UGUGCUUGUAUCAAUAAAGAAAUAAAAACAUUAUAAAAUAAAUAUUGAUUUUUUUUGUGUCGUAUCCUUUUUCACAGUAUCUAAUCAAAAGGGUUGGCAAUAGACAAAUAAUAACCAAAAAAACAUCCUUGUCUAUGUGAAAAAUUACUAGCUUGUAUUUUCAGUUUUAAGUCCCAGUUUCAUGUGUUGCCCAUUUUUUCAGCAAACAAGUACUUCUCCUUUGGCAUCUAGCUAGAAUUGCUAACUGUCAGAAACAGUCUAUCAAAAUAUUAUUUAAGCUUCUCUUAGGCAGCAUUAUAUCUGUUAUGUCUGUUAAUUAAUGUAGGAACUCUGUUAAGGCUUAUAAAUAACCCCCGAUGUUGAGAAAACACAUCUUUUCUGUUAGAUAUGUGCUUGCGUGUAAAUUGAAAACAUGUGCGGAUUCGCCAACCGUGGAGCCUGAGAGGAGGUUUUUCUAAGAGUUAAGUCUAAACUAUUUGCACGCUACAUUGUGGACAUGGCUACCAUCAGGAUCAACUUGAAGAAGGUUGCUCCGUUGGCGAUUCUGUUGUUGAGUUUAGCGUUUGUGGUCGGGCAAGCACGCAGAGGUCGGAAUCGCACUCUCACUAAAGUCGCAUUCUCUGCAAAGCUCCGGCAUGACUACAAAAAUCUGGGAAUUGGACAAGGCAUCAUAUUUGAGGAAGUGGUGACGAAUGUUGGCAACGGUUUCCAUGCAUACACAGGUGUAUUUUCUUGCCCAGUGGGUGGAACGUAUUUUUUCACGGUCAAUCUCGUCAGUUCAUCCGUCUCGAAGGACUUUGAAAAGCGGACUGAGGUCAGCUUGGUCUACUUUGGCUAUACGAAGAUGGUCGUUCCCGUGAUCAACAACGGCGACCACAACUCCGGCGGAAACAGCGUGAUCUUUCAUUGCCGUACCGGUGGAGUGGUGCAACUACUGGUCAGCUACGCAGACAACGAUAACGAUGCUAUUGUCAGCCAGAGAUAUAGUUCCUUCUCUGGGUAUUUACUAUUUCCUGAUGAUUAAAGUUUUUUAACUACCGGUUUCAUAUGGGGGGCAAUUAAGAACUACAGCAAGCACCGUCUCCUGCGUCAGUCAAAGACUCAGCUGCUAAUCCCCCAAUCUUAUCAUUUUUGGAGUAGUUAAAGAGACACGAAUAUGCUUUUGUCGUUUUACGUGUUGAACUAUUGUUUAUAAAUGCAAUACAUAAACAUAUCGUUAAUGCGUUUGAAAUAUCAAACCUCAAACUCUAUGCAUAAAAAUCGUCCUAGCUGUUUAAUCACUAAGAUUUAUUUAAUCAGGAUUUUGAAUAAAUUUGUCCAAAUUCA